AUAUAGUUUAUACUUCAGGUUAAAUCGAUGUAGGCACUUGAUAAACAUUGAAACACGCCCAAAGCGUGAAACAUUGGCGCUGCGCCAAGAUUACGACAGAAUCUACCUGCUAACAAGCAGGUCCAUCACCAAUCGCCAUCCAUGUCCUAACCGAAAGACGCUGUUCACGCUUUCCACAAACAAGCACCGGCAAUUUACUCGAAAAUAAUAGGUUGGACGAGUUAAUUUCUGUAGUUAAGAAUUGAUAAGAUUUCGGUUAUAAUAGAGGUUAAUUUGGUUUUCAGCGCGAUACCAUCCUGGAUACCCAAGUAGGGAAAAAAGUUAGUGUAAGGAAACGCAGUUUAAAGAUUCAACUGACUGGAAUCAAUAUGCCUGUAUCAACUCAUCCUCUGCAAGCUGCCAGUCUCAUGGGCCACAAAACCUUCGUCGAAGGCGUCGAGUUCAGUAGCAAUGGCAAAUACAUUAUUUCAAGCUCUUCAGAUAGAACUGUGAGACUAUGGAGUGUGAAAGAUUUCAAAGAAAAAGAACACAAAUAUAUCAGGGCCAAUGUGGACUUUGAUCAUGCAACUAAAGUCAACUUCAGCCCUGACUCAAGUGAAGACUUAAGGCAACCCCAACAACCUCUCCGAUUCAGAGCAUUUAUUACAGCCCUGGCGAAUGGCAACACAAUACGAGUAUUUAAAACAACCAAAAAGAAGGAUGGUACAGGAACAGCUGUUACUGGGGAGUUUGAUUUCCCUGUCAAGCACAAAACAGAGAUCAUUAGUAUUGCUAUUGCAUCGAAUGGAAAAUAUAUCAUGUCUUGCUCGAAGGAUACCACUAUCGUUAUUUGGAAUCUUAAAGGGGAAGUGUUAGCCAUCAUAGACACCUUACAAGUCAAUAACUCCUUCUGUAGUCUGUCUCCCUGUGGACGAUUUGUUGCCUCGGCUGGAUUUACUCCAGACGUGAAACUAUGGGAAGUUGAGUUUGACAAAGGUGACAAUUUCAGGAAGAUAUCCCGAGCAAUGGAAUUAAAGGGUCAUACUGCUGGCAUAUAUCACUUCACUUUCUCAUCUGACUCAACCAGGAUGGCAACUGUUUCAAAAGAUGGAACAUGGAGAGUAUGGGACAUAGAUGUGGAGUACAGUAAACAAGAAGACCCGCAUUUGCUGUUGACUGGAAUCUACGAUGCAUCGUGUAACGUCUAUGAAAACAUGCUCAUCGCUAUGUCCCCGGAUGCUUACGUCACAGCCAUCUCCAUGGGGCGGUCUUUGGCCUUGUUCAGCACGGAGAAUGGUAACCUCGAAGAAUUCUUGGAAGAAGUUCAUGGAGAUAACAUCACAGCAAUCGCCUGGCACCCCAGCUCACGUUACCUAGCAACAGCUGGCGGAAAUGACCGACAGAUCCGUGUUUGGCAUAACGCAGUUGGGAUCAAAGUGGAGAUCGAUGAUCUUGAAGGACGACUCGUCAGGGCCAAGAGUGACACAAUAAGGGGACGGCUGGAACAGCAGAUUCUUGAAGCGAGGGCAUCGCUCGAUAAAUUGAAUGUGCAGUAAGAAUAGAAAAAGAUAGAUAAAACGAGAUGUGAUACAAAGAAAACGAAUGACAGAAGCAGCAAAACAAAAACGACAUCAACGAUGACAGCUAUUCAAUAUGGCUUCAAAUAUGCGAUGAAAAUAGUUGUAGUAAAAAACAUUUUGAACAGCAAACCAAAAAAUAUAUUAUUCAGUGCUGGCAAAUAAAGGGUUUGUCAUUAAUCUCAACGACAUUCUUCAACCUCAAAUUCAUUUGUUACUUCGCUACCCUUUUAAGAAGAAAGAGAGAAAACAGAAAACUAGUCAGAGGCAAUUGAUCAUGCAAUCAGUUAUCAUGUAGUGCAGCUUGUAGCAAUAAUUGCGCAAAGAAAGAUAACUUCAGCAUUUAGACCACUAUAAAGCAAAAUUGGUCUUGCAAUGAACGCCUCAAGGCCAUUGCAACACAAGUUGCAAACGGGAAUAGACCUGAAUUAAAGGCCAAGAAACAAUGGCUUCAAGUCGAGGUUGGACUGUUCAUACAUUUACUGUAUUUUAUCAACUCCAACCUCAACUGGGGGCUUUGUUUUGUUGUCAUUCAAGUGAAUUCGGGAAAGGUCUAUUUGCAAGUGCAUCUUCCCUUAAAUGCCACUUCGUCUUAAAAACAUAAAUUCAGCCAUUGUAAAGUACAAGUAGGUUUUACGAUCAAAAUAGAUAUUUGGUCAUCUUUUUCCCCCGGUUUUUCUCAAGAUUCUGUCUCGCACAAUAUGUGCAAAGUUUCCAAGUCAUGAUCUCAUUCUAUUUUGAUUACAAUUACAUUAUGCAUGUUCUCAACUGUUUAAAAACUUACUAUCUUAGGCUCACAGGUCAAACGUCGAACUUCACAUGAGCCGAACUUAAUAACAUCAAAGAAGACCGGCUUGUUAUCGAUUGUUUCAAUUUGGUUCGGCUCAUUUGAAGUUCGACGUUUGACAUGAGCCUUAGAAUCCAAUGAAUUUUAACCAAAUUAAUUUUAAAUGAAUACGAUGACUUCAAUUAUUUAAUGUUACCUAGAUUUUUGAAAAUUUAUUAAAAGUAUAAAACAUUA